CCUAUUUCAUUUCAAGUGCAGAAAGUGUAACGUAGUGUAACUACAAAUAACCUCUUGUUGAUCCUGAAGAUCUUUGUUAGCUUGACUGUGACGAAAAAGAAUUUAGUGCCAGAUAUAGAAUACAAAUCAAAAACAAUUCUGUAUUUAGCAAAGAAAAUACGAAAAUCUACAUAAAAACAUGCCAUCCGUAACAUUAAAAGAUGUGGAUCAAGCAAAAUUUGUUAAGGCCUUUGCAGCCUUUCUGAAAAAAACUGGUAAGAUGCGAGUGCCAGAAUGGGUGGAUAUUGUGAAGACAGCCAAAUUCAAAGAGCUGGCACCCUAUGACCCUGACUGGUACUAUAUUAGAUGUGCAGCCUUGGUGCGUCAUAUUUAUAUUCGUAGUCCUGUUGGAGUUGGUGCAGUCACAAAGAUCUUUGGUGGACGCAAACGUAACGGCACUCAUCCCAGCCACUUCUGUCGAUCAGCAGGCAGUGUCGCGAGAAAAGCACUUCAGAGCCUGGAGCAGUUGAAACUUAUCGAGAAGGCACCUCUCGGUGGACGUAAACUGACCAGUCAGGGACGCAGGGACUUGGAUCGUAUUGCUGCACAAGUUAAAGCUAAGAGCAAAAAGCAGCUUAAGCUUCAAGAUGCAAUUGAUACAAUGAUCUAAAUGUAUCUAUAAACCCGGCAGCUAAGAAAUCAGUCAUAUCAUCUCGUUCUUCUUCAGUAAAUCCAGCAUUACCUGAAUAAUAUCCGUACGCGUAACCGGAAGGGACGCAAUGACACGACACAGCCUAUGCAACUUCAAAUUUAGUGCCAUUCAGCACUAUGUUGGUGUACAGGGGUCCAAAUCCAAACCGUUCAAUCUUUCCUCCCUUGGGAAACAAUUUUCAGCGCCACUGUACGUAUUUUGUUGACUACUUUUUGAUUCGGAAGAUGAAAAGAAAUAUUAUGUUAUAUAGGUAAUAUCGCUUUUUUUAUUAGUAUUCGUAUUUCUUUGUGUGUAUGUAAGCAACAUUAUUAAAAAAAGCGAAUAUAUAUAUAUAAUGCAAAAUAU